AUGGAAGUGGGCUUACUUUUUACUGGAGUUGCUCUUCCACUAGAAGCCGCGCAAAAUCAUUUGGAAAAGGAUAUUUCUGCUAAACAGCUCAAGCACAACUCAACAAGUUGGAGCAAAGUUACCUGUAUAAAUGGUGGUGAUGGAUGGAGUGGGAGUCGUCACAGCACCGAGCGAGGAAGAGCGAUGGAGCUCGUCGUCCGCAAAGCAGUAGCAGCAUUGGUGGUGAGUGUUGUUGUCACGCUUGUCCGUGUGGAAGCUCAGCUCGUUGUUGGAUACUACGAGCAAAAUGGAUGUCCCAUGGCCGAGGAGAUUGUCAAGAAAGUUCUCACCGCGGCCGUGGCACGAGACCAAUCCAUCGCUGCUUCGUUGCUUCGUCUCCACUUCCACGACUGUUUCGUCCAGGUCCGUGAUCAACUUCUCCCGGAGUUUGAUACUGAUCCGAAUCUCGACGCUGCUUACGCCGGGAAACUAAAGCAGGCCUGUCCGAGGAACUUUGAUCCGAGAACUGUCGUGCCGCUGGAUCCUGUCACCCCUUCCCAGUUUGACAAUCGCUACUACUCCAACCUCGUCAACAACAUGGGGCUCAUGAUCUCAGAUCAGACGCUCCACAGCGACAUGCUCACCCAGUUUUCUUCCGAGUCAAACGCCGAGGAUGAAAACAUGUGGCAGUUCAAGUUCGCAAACGCCAUGGUCCGGAUGGGUGCUAUUAACGUCAAGGCUGAAGGCGAGAUUCGCAAAAACUGCCGACUGAGGAACUAG